GUCUUCUCACCACGGCCACAACCCACCAGUUGCCGGUAUCCGACUACGCGAAAAUCAUCAUCGCGAAACAAAGAUGGCGCCGUGGUAGUGCACAAGUGACAGCCGUCGUCGGUGAUUGAUUUUUCUUGUUUCCCCCUCGAACACUCUCGGGAGCCGGACGAGAAAUUAUUGUGCGCGAAAUCCGAGGAUCCGAACAAUUCGAAAUUUUUGAAAACCGCAAGAUUCCGCAGCGAUACCAUGUUUGUGCCGUCGGUGAGGUUGACUCGUAAGGUUGCGGUUACGUAAAAAGUUGUGGUCGCCGAGUGUUGGGACGGCCACUGGCCGUGCGGGAGCAAGGAAGCCCAGGGAAAAAGUUCUACUCAUGGAUUCGCCUUUCAGGUGGAAAAUCGAUUUCAUGAUUUGAAGUGUCAAUGCGGGGAGGUUUUUUAUUUCACUUGUGGUGCACGCCUCCCGUGUUUUUGUUUUAUUGAGAAAAUAUUUAGAGGAAUGGAGGUAACGUCGGAAGCAAACGGGCUGGACGUCAUCCAGAGUAUGAUUGACAUCUCGGCAGAUCGAUUGGAGGGGCUCCGGACGCAAUGUGCGACAAGUGCUUCGCUGACCCAGCAGGAAAUCCGCUCGCUGGAGACGAAACUGGUAAGAAUGUUCUCUGAAUUGUUGUUGACCAAGGCGCGGCUGCCUGAGCGGAUACCGAGCAGUGGACUGGCCACUUCGAGUGCCGAGUUGCGUCAGUGGUUGCGGGUGGUGGGCCUCAGCCAGGAGUCGCUGAAUAUAUGUCUGCAGCGACUCAACACGCUGGAGCAACUUCUCGAGAUGUCCGAGACCGAAUUGAAACAGAUGCUAUCGAGCAACGCUAAUCUGAGGGAAGAGGAGCAUCGCAGGCUUAGUUGCGCUAUUCAAAACCUCCGGAAGUGUCGUGACUCUCUGCGGGAUGGUAACAAGGAGCCCGACAACUUGUACUGGGAUUCAUGGGACCGGCAUCACCACGUUCAUCAUUACAGGAAUUUGAAUAACGCCGCGGGGUUCGCUUCGCCUCGUAACUAUCGGACGGCUGUGAAGCAGGCACACAAGGCUAGGCAGUCUCCGGUUGGCGGCAGCGGCGAACAAAUUGUGCAGUCGCCGUCGGCCAUCACCACCCCCGAGGAUGCAAUGCACAGUUCGACGCACACGUUGACACCAUCUCCGUCACCCCCGAACUCCCCGUGCUUGAACACCCUUAGCAGCAGUAGCGGAAACAACAACUCAAACCAGAAGUUGACACACCGCAAGUCCGGUACGCCUCCACCAAAGAAAAAGCAUCAAACCCUACUCCCACAUCAUCCCUCGACCCCGUCGCACACUCCAGCUUCACAGACUGCUGCAUCGAUGACGGGAAGCGGCAAUAACAUCAAUCAGGACCCGAUGGCACCGCUGACCAAGUCCAAGUCGCACGAGUCGCAGCUAAUGCAAGACAACUCGCAGCCUGGCACCGGGAAUAACAACAGCAACAACAACGUGCAGCAGCAGAAGCCGCAAACCACGGCCCAAACGACGACGUAUCCACACCAUCCGAUCCCCCGAACCCGCCUCCAUACGGAACCAGGUCCGGAUUUGCCAUCCCAGGUCCAUCAUUACCCCUACAACACGGAGGUUGUGGUGGAGAACACAAAUAACUUGACAGUUCCUCGGUCGCCGUGCACGCCGAUUGUAUCGCUGGGCAUGGGCCACCAAAUCACGCAUCGCUUCACGAAGGUGUUUAAAGUUAUGUCGACCUGUGAUCUCUGCCAGAAGCAAAUGUUUUUUGGUCUGAAGUGCAAAGAGUGUAAAUAUCGAUGCCAUAAAGACUGCGAGCCCAACGUGCCCCCGUCCUGCGGUCUACCCCGGGAAUUCGUUGACGAAUUCAAGCGGACGUUGCAGUCAGGAGAUGUUUUCUUGCCUAACACGUCGCCGAACUUGGGCAGUCGGAGUGGUUACUUGACUGCCGGUCGGAUGACGAAGAAUCCAAUCGCUGCAUAUCACGCCCCGGACAGUAGUUCACCGGGGUCGAGUUGCAACAGCUCGUCGCCCUCUAGUCCGGCCUUAUUUAACGUUCACCACCAACACAGUCAGCAACAUGCUGUAACGCAACUGACGACCCCUUCGUCAGCGCAGAAAACAGCAAGUCAAUUCAACUUCCCCGAAGUGUCGACCUCAUCAACCCAUCCAACACACCAGCAUGCAGUUCACCACCCCAAAGGUUUGAGCGGUGCACUUGAUUCUCCACUGACUACGGUGAGCAGCGCCAAUUGCAGCAGUACCGGGACAAACUCCAGUAGUAAUUACCAAGCAAAUGCGCAUAACAAAGUGCAAUACAAUGUGAAUAACAAUGCAAUGCCGGCCCCGCUGUCGGAGCUUGUGGAUACGCAUCGUAGCAACGACAGUGACAAAACCGUGUCCCUUUCUGGGAGCACCAGUGCAAGUACGGAUUCCGACAGAACUCCAGUACGGCUUGAUUCCACUGAGGAAGGAGACUCGGGUAACUGGCCACGGCAGAAUUCUCUAUCACUAAAGGAAUGGGACAUCCCCUACGGAGAUCUCAAAUUAUUGGAGGAGAUUGGAAAAGGUCGAUUUGGAACAGUACAUCGAGCACUUUGGCAUGGAGACGUCGCUGUGAAGCUCCUGAAAGAGGAUUAUCUCAACGAUGCACAGACACUAGAUGCGUUCAAGCUGGAGGUGGCCACUUUCAAGAAAACUCGGCAUGAGAACUUGGUUCUCUUCAUGGGCGCUUGCAUGAACCCGCCCUUCCUGGCCAUCGUCACUUCCUUGUGCAAGGGAAACACUCUGUAUACCUACAUCCACAUCCGAAGGGAUAAGUUCAACUUGAACCGGUCGACGCUCGUGGCCCAGCAGAUUUCACAGGGCAUGGGCUAUUUGCAUGCUCGCGGCAUCUUCCACAAAGACCUUCGGACAAAGAACAUCUUCCUGGAGAAUGGGAAAGUGAUAAUUACGGAUUUCGGCUUGUUCAGCUCAACAAAGUUAAUGUACUGUGAUCUAGGUUUAUGUAUACCAAAUGGCUGGCUUUGCUAUCUGUCACCCGAGCUGGUACGCACGCUGACUCCACAUCGGCCCAGCGACGAGAUUCUACCGUUCUCAAAGUCUUCGGACGUGUAUUCGUUCGGGACGGUGUGGUAUGAAUUGCUGUGCGGCGAGUUUCCGUUCAAAAUGCAGUCAUCCGAGGCAAUCAUCUGGCAAGUGGGACGAGGCAUGAAACAAACACUGGCUAAUUUGCAAACGUCGCGGGACGUUAAGGAUAUUCUGAUGUUCUGCUGGGCUUUCCAAGCAGACGACAGACCUACUUUCUCCAAACUCCUAACGCUUCUCGAACGCUUGCCGAAGAAGCGGCUAGCACGGAGCCCAUCGCACCCGGUUCAGCUGUCGCGAUCGGCCGAGUCGGUUUUCUAGGAGAGUGCCAUUUGCAACUUCGAUUUGAUGUCAUUUACCACUAUCUACUAAGACAUGUGUGUGCGUAUGUUACUAUUUGCUGACGAGGGAGCGCGCAACAGGGCAGAACACAGAUGCGAACGGCGAUGGUCACAUAUAACGACGAGUGCUACUUUUUAGCCAUAAGAUACAAAAGAAAUUUUCUCGCCUUUUUAUAAGUAACAUAUAAGAAUAUGUAAUCUAUGAACGAUUGCGCUUCAUUCUAAUAUUGUAAAACCAUGUGUACAUUACGAACAACUUAACCCACAAACACACAUCACACGCUCCGAGCGGGAGCCACAAUUAAGCAAGAUUAUAUACCAAAAUUCUACAUCAUUCCUUAACGAGUAUAAGAUUAUUGUGUAAAGUUAUAAAUGAAAGCAAACUAAAGUACAUAAAAUAUUCUAGAUAUAUACAAACGUAAACAUCUAUGAAGUGUAUUUCGAUUUAAGGGAAACAAAAAGCAACCAUUAUGAGGUGCGAAUUAAACAAAUCAUGCAGCAUGAUAAGACGAACAUGUUAUUGGAAGCACAUAUAAACGUGAAAAUCACGCAAAGCAAAACAAAUUACGAUAUACAUAAUCUAAACUAAGAGUUGACUAUUUCGCGACAAGGAUUUGUCAUUGUAGGAGACACUUCUACGGAACGAAUUUGUUGAACAUUUUAAUUGAAGUAAGAAAUAUUUUUUAUUUAAGGAAGCAAAUGCUACACAAUUGAACGAAUGCGCCAACCAAUGUGAGAGAUUUGUUUGAGGAUACGAACGAAGAAUAAAACUAUUAAAAUAUAUACUCA